GCUAUGUGAUUAUGUCAAUACAGGUUAGAGUUGCAGACAACAGGUGUGCACAGUUUAUACAGACCAGCGUGCUCUCGCUCUCUGCCAAGAUUCCCAGAUUUCCAAAAAUCCCCCGAGCCUUUGGGAAUUAGCAUCAGAGAAUAAGGGUUACCGAUGGCCAAUUUUGGAGGACAUGCCAUUCCUGGCUCUUUUUUCUUGUUCUAUGGCUUUUGGCUAACAGUGAAACACAUUCUCCAACACUACUGGAGGACAAGUCAGCCUAAAGCAAGACAGAUUAUGCCACCUUUCUUUAAAAGAAUGGACUACGUUGAGGGAGGAUUUCAAAUCUUCGCUUCAUUUGUUGGUAUUAUGGUUGAACAGUUUGUGGUGGACGGGCCACAUGCCCACCUCUACGACAGAGAGAACAAUUCAUGGGUUAAGCUGAUGAACUGGCAGCACAGCACAAUGUAUCUUUUCUUUGGGAUCUCUGGAAUAGCAUUGGUUGCCAGUACUACAUCCAAACUGGUGCCAGCUGGUGUUGACCGCCUUGCUCUCUCCUUGGCACUUUUUGUUGAAGGGUUUCUGUUCUAUUACCAUCUACACAAUCGGCCCCUUCUGGAUGCUCACAUCCACUCCCUGCUGCUAGUGGCUGUGUUUAGUGGAUCGGCCAGCACCAUGUUGGAGGUGUUCAUAAGAGACAACAUUAUUUUGGAGCUGCUCAGGGCAUGCCUGUUCAUCCUGCAGGGCUCAUGGUUCUACCAGAUUGGAUUUGUUCUUUACCCAUUGAGUGGACCAGAAUGGGACUUGAAACUGCACGACAACAUCAUGUUCAUCACAACGUGCUUCUGCUGGCAUUUAGCUGUGGCCCUGCUUUUAGUCGCCUGCACCUCCUCUGUGGUUUGGUUCACAGUGAAACGAUUCUCAGGAAAGGGACGGGACAUAGAGAUUGGAAUGCGAAAUACAUUCUCCAAAACAAGCUCCCAGAAAGCUUUGCUUGAAGCGUCAGAUGAAGAGUGAUUGGUUAUAGUUAUUUGAAAUUUUACUUAAAUUUGAUUUCAUUUUCCAUGUUGAUCGUCUGCUGUUUGGUACAAUGUACUUUUGAUUUUUUUGUAAAUAAAUAAAACACAAAUCUCUUUAAAUAUGA